AUGUCUACGCCGAACCCGCAUGCACCAGUCGACGCCGCGAAAGAUCCGAUGAAAAUUCCCAUUACUUAUAUUUGCGGCGAUUGCCACUCAGAGAACGAAAUCAAGCCGAAAGACGCCAUUCGUUGCCGAGAAUGUGGGCACCGAAUCUUGUACAAAAAGCGGACGAAAAGAGCGAGUGUCUUCGACGCAAGAUAG